CUCAAAGCGACAGUCGAUGAUUUGCCGCUGUCGGUGCGGUCAGAAUUUUAUUUUAAUUCUCGUUCGUCUCUCAGUUCGCUUUAGCGCCUUAAUUGAAAUUUAACUUUUGUGAGAAUCUGUUUAAAAAUAAAAGCUCAGCCUGAGAAUUCUGGAAAGAAGGCACAGACAUGUACCUCAAAGGUCUCCUCACCAUCACCCUCAUUUUCAUCCUUUCAACGGAAGCAAAUGUGCGGAUCUUCAAACAAUGGCGACAAAUGGAUUUUCAAUUUCCAUCAAAUGCCAUCAGGCAACAAGCCAUUAACAAUGGAUAUUAUGUACCAGCAAAUGUUAUACCAAUUGAUGUUGCUGUUGAUUAUCGAGGUAAUUUAGACAGCACGAGAGUAUUUGUAACAAUGCCAAGAUUCACGACAGGUGUGCCAGCCUCGUUGGGCUACACAAAAUCAUCGUCAUUAUUAAUUGAGCCGUAUCCAAGUUACGAUUGGCACUCAUCAAAUGGCAAAAAUUGUGAUGGAAUAACAUCAGUUUUUCGUGUGGCUUUUGAUGGAUGUAAUCAAAUGUGGGUUCUCGAUACAGGAAAAAUUGGCAAUAUUCAGUACUGUCAACCACAGUUGCUAAUUUUCAACUUGAUCUCAGACAAGCUCGUUAAGCGAUACCGUUUCGAUAAGAGCAUGUAUGUGGAUAAUAGCUUGUUUAUUACGCCCAUACUUGACGUUGCAGAUCCUGGACGAUGUUCAAGAGUUAAAGCUUAUAUAGCUGAUGUAACUGGCUUCGGUCUUAUUGUUUACGAUUGUGAAGUUAACAAGGCAUGGAGAGUUAAUAACAAGCUUUUCUAUCCAUAUCCAAACUACGGAAAAUUUACAAUUGCUGGAGAAUCUUUUGAUUUGAUGGAUGGAUUACUUGCAUUGACCAUACCGAAAGUUCCAUUACGACAAGACACGGAACGUUCACUUCUAUUUCAUGCUCUCGCAUCUGGAACGGAAAAUGCUGUGCCACUUAGGAUUAUAAAUAAUGCAACAAUAUGGGAAAAUGAUGCAAAUGCAAUGGCAGAUGAAUUCAAAGUGAUCGGUACGAGAGGAAUACAAACAGGCGCACAAGCGAUGGAUAAAAAUGGAAAUUUGUACUUUGUUUUGUUGAAUCCACUUGCGAUUGUUUGUUGGGACUCAUCGACAUCAUACAAAACUGACAACAUUAAAAUUCUUCAUAGAAAUGAUGAAACGAUGCAGUUUGCUAGUGGAGUGAAAGUUGUCACUAAUUUAGUUGGUGAGGAGGAGCUUUGGCUGGUGACAAAUCGAUUGCAGAAAUUCAUGACUGGAACCACAAAUCUAUCAGAAAUCAAUUAUCGAGUUCAUGUAGCAAAUAUUAAGGCACUGUUGAAUUUUAAGGACAAGUGUAAUGGACCCUCACUGAGGGAUGAUCAAACUAUCGUUUUUCCAGAUCGAAACCGUAAACGAAUGGCUAAUUGACUAUACUAAUACUAGUUCUUGAGAUAUUUAUAAUGAAACAUGAAUAAAUUUUAAUGAACCUUAAUACGUCUAUAUAAAUUAAUUUAAAACC